AUGAGUCCGGAAGAAAGCACUCCCACUGUAUACACAUUCUUUGAGAGGGCGACUUCUACAUGGCAGUACAUUAUUGUGGAUCCUCACACUUCCGACGCGGUCGUUAUCGACCCUGUCCUCGACUAUGACGCCAGCUCGGGAUCUGUCACGACGGAGACUGCUGACGGCCUCCUAUCAUUUAUUCACCACAACAAACUAACUAUUCAUCGUAUCCUCGAGACGCACGCGCAUGCGGACCAUCUGACUGCCGCUCAAUACUUCAAACAUCAACUCGGUGGGCAAAUACCCGUCUGUAUUGGGCAGCGAAUUGGCCAGGUGCAGAAGACAUUCGCACCUAAAUAUGGAUUCGACGAUCCCUCUGUCUUCGAGAACACAUUCGACUGCUUCUUCAAGGACGACGAGCAGUUCGGCCUUGGCAAGCUGUCCUGCCGCGUCAUGCACUUGCCCGGCCACACACCGGAUCAUGUAGGCUACCUCAUCGGCAAGGCGGUCUUCACCGGGGAUUCGAUCUUCAACCCCGACGUUGGCUCUGCCCGUGCAGAUUUCCCUGGCGGCAAUGCAGAAGAUCUCUACGCGUCCAUGCGACGCCUGCUCUCCCUCCCCCCCGAUUACCGCCUCUUCGUGGGCCACGACUACCCGCAGGACCGCGACCAAACCUGUUGGUCGACAGUCGAGGAGCAACGCGAGCGCAACAAGCACCUAAAGGUCGGCACCGACGCGGAGAUGUUUAUUGAGUGGCGCAAGCAGCGCGAUGCAGUGCUUGGUGCGCCACGCUUGCUGCACCCAUCGCUGCAGGUAAACAUCCGUGCGGGUAAGCUGCCGCCGAAGGAUGAGAAGGGCAGGAUAUUCUUCAAGAUACCGAUUACGUCCACGGUUGACGUGUGA